CGCCGCGGCGGGAGCCGCCCAGGUGAAAUAACAAUGGAUGCAAUAUUAUCCCGGUUGAAGCAGCUCACCCCUGAUGAGCUUAGAGAAGAAGUUGUAAGAGCAGGACUGAAGUGUGGGCCCAUUACCUCGACUACUAGGUUUAUUUUUGAAAAAAAAUUGGCUCAGUUUUUGUUGGAGCAGCAAGGAGCAUUAGAAGAAAAAGGAUCAGGUUGGUCAGAGGCUGCCGAUGGAAAUGUCCCAUCUGACAGCAGCCAGGCAGAAUCUCAAAAGGCUUUGAAAAAUGCCGUGCUGAAUCACAACCAUGAGGGAAACGUUCCUGAAGAGGCAGACUUUGGGUACUGUGUGGGUCUGAACCCUCCAGAAGAAGAAGCUGUGAUGCACAUGAACUGUUCAGCUCCAGUCUGUGGAGCAGGAUAUGCUGAUUCACAGAUGAGUUCUCAGACACCAUCCAGAGAUCCUCCGCUAUACUACGGUGUUUGUCCUGUUUAUGACGACAUAUUGGCAAGAAAUGAGAGAAUACAUGUUUAUGAAGAUAAAAAAGAAGCUCUCCAAGCUGUUAAGAUGAUUAAAGGUUCCCGUUUUAAAGCUUUUUCAAACAGAGAAGAUGCUGAGAAAUUUGCUAAAGGAAUCUGUGAUUAUUUUCCAUCUCCAAGCAAGUCCUCUUUAACUUUGUCUCCAAUUAAAAUAGGAUCAUUUAACCGAGAUGGCUUAUGCUCCCCUGAGAUGGAAACUGCUAAUAAGGAAAGGGCCAACAGUUACAAAAGUCCACGUACUCAGGAUCUUACUGCUAAACUUCGGAAAGCUGUUGAGAAAGGAGAUAUAUCAACGUUUUCAGAACUUAUUUGGAGCAACCCUCGCUAUCUGAUUGGAUCUGGAGACAAUCCAACAGUUGUGCAGGAAGGGUGCAGGUACAAUGUCAUGCAUGUUGCUGCCAAAGAGAAUCAACCUGGUAUCUGCCAGUUAUUACUGGACACUUUGGAAAAUCCCGAAUUUAUGCGGCUUAUGUAUCCAGAUGAUGAUAGUACAAUGUUAAAGAAUCGCAUCCGAUACAUUGUUGACCUUUACCUUAAUACACCAGAUAAAAUGGGAUUUGAUACUCCAUUACAUUUUGCCUGCAAGUUCGGGAAUUUGGAUGUUGUUAAUGUGCUUACCUCACACCCAGCUAUUGUAAAAAAUCCAAGGAACAAAUACGAUCAAACUCCAGCAGAAGUAGUGUGUGAGAGAAGCAAGAAUAAAUCUGCAGAAUUGAAAGAAAAACUAAGAGAGUAUUUGAAAGGUCGAUACUAUGUACCACUGCUGAGAGCAGAAGACAAUUCCUCAGCUCCUGUAAUUGGUGCGCCCUGGUCACCGGAUCAGACAGACGAGAGCCCCCAGACACCUUUAUCUAAAUACCCUGGCAGCCCCAAAGAUCCGGUGCUGUCUAUAAGAGCUUUUGCAGGCCCCAUGAGCCCCUCAAAGGCUGAAGAAUUUCGCAGGCUGUGGAAGACUCCACCCCGAGAGAAAGCUGGCUUCUUUCACAAUGUCAGGAAAUCUGAUCUGGAAAGAGGUGUUGAAAGAGUUGGAAGGGAGUUAGCUCAUGAACUGGGGUUCCCGUGGGUUGAAUACUGGGAAUUUCUGGGCUGUUUUGUUGAUCUGUCUUCCCAGGAGGGGUUGCGAAAAUUAGAAGAGUACCUGAGUCAUCGGGAAAUGAGCGAAAAGGCUCAGCAAGAGACAGGGGAAAAUGAAACCUGCAAUAGAUUUAAAACUCCACAUCCUUCUGGCAAGAGUAAAAAGUGCUGCAAUUCUAUUUCUGUUGGAGCGUUUUUGGAUGAGGAUGAUGAUGACAUGAGCUUAGAAGAAAUUAAAAACAGACAAAAUGCAGCACGGAAUAACAGCCCACCUAUUGUGUCCAAAGAGCCUACCAUCGACGCUUUUGGAGACUCUGAGCGUGAUAUAUUGUCGCUGGAGCGUACAGUAAACAUCAUAGAAACAUCAGAUCACCCCAGGCACUAUGAAAAGGUGGCUUCUUCCAGCAAAAAUGGAUUUUGUAAUCCUGUGGCCAGUGAAAGGAUAAUUGGUGACAGGAAGCACUUGCGUGAUGGAGAAGAAUGCCGUGUAUCCCCCGUUUGCAGUUUGAUGUCAGAAUUUGAAAGCCUGACCUUCCAAGAACAAGAGGGCGCAGGAGAAUCAAAUAAAGUCAGUGAAAAAACUGUGAAUGAGAGAAUUCUGGCUCAAAGAACAAAUCAGGGUAGAAUAGCCAAGGACCAGCUGGAUAAGACCUGCUAUGCGGUUUCACUGCCAAGUUCUUCUGAGGCAAGUGCUACAGGUAAAGCUGGAGAGGCCAAGUUAAGGACAGACCACAAAAUACCAUCAGAAAAGGAGCGAUUGUCCAUGGAAUCUGGAAUUCAGACUAAUAAGGCACAAAUAUGUCAAGAGCCUCCUUCCCACAAAUUUCUGUUGAAGACUCCACCCACAAAUAGGAAAUUAUUUCUGCUUGGGGAACAGCCCUCGAAGCUGGACAGCGAUGUCUUAGCAGCUACAGAAGCCGCACAGAUUGAUCCACAGAAGUACCCCCUUAUUUACAAAUGGAAACAUGCGGUCCAGUCGUACUCAUCAUCUGACAGGCAAAGUUGGCCAAGUCCAGCACUGAAGGGAAGAUUCAAGUCCCAAAGCACAGCUGCUGGCCCACCAAAUGCUUCAGUGUAUUCUAGUCCAGGAAGAAACAGUCCUGUGACGGGAAGUCCAGGGAAGUAUGGCAAUGCUGCCUCAUUCUCUCCAGACCCUGGGAGCCCUGGGCGCUACAGUCCAGCGUGUAUCAACCAUGCUCUGUUAAAACUGCGUUAUUUUUCAGAGCCUCCUGCUCACUAAACUAUGAUUUAUUUUCCUGGAACUUUAAUUAUAUUUUCAUUGUUAGAGUGGAGGAAAAAAAAAUACAAUGUUACUAAAGUGACAGUGACAUGAGGUUUGCACUUGGCUAUUUAUUUUUCCUCAAUUGAGGACAAAUGUAUGUUGCAAAAAUUGAAUAUAUGUCUUUAUGCCAUAUAUGAGACGAUAGAUUACUGGUGAUACGCAAGAAGUUAGUGACAGUCAGUGCAGUUGUCCAGUAGCUAUGAAUUAACCCUUGUUGCCAGUAGAGCAGUGAGCUGAACCUUUACUUAGAAAUGGUGGUAUUUUACCAUCACCAGCUGUCAUCAUAAUUAACUCAUUAGCCCUCAACUACAUUUCUUUGCCUGGAUAGUCUGAAGGAAGCACAUCAGCAGUGAAGUCCUACCAGAAAUCUUAUUAGAGGUAAUGGAUGGCAAGCUGUAAAAUAUUCUUCCACUUGCAGGGGAACAUGGCAAUUGAAAAGCCUAAGACAGAGCCUCAGUAACAACCACCUUCCAGGGGCGGGUAUGAAUGUGAUACCCUCGUGCAUAAUCAGCCAGCCGGUUGAUCUAGAUAGUUGAAUACACACACACACACAUAUAUGCACACAUAUACGUAUGCAUGUAUUUACACAGAAAACCUCAAGUUUUACCUAAUCUGAGGCUGUUACAAACACCAUGAUACUAAUGAGUGUUUUAGUAAAGGAGCACUGUAGAAAUUACUGGUAUUCUGCUAAAGGUUAGUUUUAACAUUAAAAGAUAAAAUUACUUUGUUUUUCCCCACAAAAGCUUUUAUCAUUAGCAGAUGUUAAUAGUUAUUACAGAAAAGCACAUCAGCAAUAAUUUCAGCAAGUUUACCAGCAACGUACCUUAAUGGUCUAGUUUGUAAUAUAUUAGAGUGGUAUCCAGUGGCCUGUGAUAGGACUACUUAUUUCCCAACUGUUAAAGAGGGAUGAGUAAGGACUACAACUAUUUUCACUGAAAUCUACACUUUCACUAUGUCUCUAGCCUGGCUGUGGUAAUGACUUUUUAUUACAGCAGUCAAUAAUUUUAUUCUUUCUUUAGCCUUCCGUAAAAAUGACUUGUUUUGACAGUACACUGCUGAGACUGAAGACUGCUUUUUCAAAAACUCAAGACAGGUUAAUGUUUGUAAUGUUGCUUGAAAGAAGGCUUCCAGAAAGUGCUGCUAGCUGUUUAAAAUAAAUACAUUUAAAAAGGAAAAAA